UCUGCUUCUUAGUUCACUGUUGUCCGGGUUUAUAACUCCUUCUUCCGAAAGCACAUGAAGGCAGCACAACGACCGACGGCAGUAACAGUUACGGCUUGACACUUCGGCUUUUAUAAGUAUCAGCGGCGGCGUCGUUCAGAGAAGUUUCAUUUCAAAAUGUCGAACAUUGGUCCAGACGGUUCUGAUGCAGCGUCUAGUAACCGGCGCCUGCAGCAGACACAAGCACAAGUGGAUGAGGUUGUGGAUAUUAUGCGUGUUAAUGUGGACAAAGUGCUUGAACGUGACCAGAAACUGUCUGACCUGGAUGACCGAGCAGAUGCACUGCAGGCUGGAGCCUCCCAAUUUGAGACCAGUGCUGCUAAACUUAAAAGGAAGUACUGGUGGAAGAACUGCAAGAUGUGGGCCAUCCUGAUAGCUGUUAUAGUGAUCAUCGUCGUCAUCAUUAUUAUUUGGAGUACCUCAUAAAACAGCAAUGAUGCAGGGGAGCGGAGUGUAGGAGCAAUAAAGGAGAGGAGUAAUGUGCAUAAUUAAUAUCUCAGAGCAAAAGGUCAUGUGAUUACUGACUACUGAGCUCCACAACAUUUUCUCCCACCUGCAGGGGUCUUCAUUCCUUGUCCUGCCUUUGUGUGUGUGUGUGUGUGUGUUUAAUGAAUUGUUACUUUGCAUUACUUCCAUCAUACCAGAAGUGCUUUAUUUUAAUGCCAUGUCAUAAAGAAACCAAAGAAACCAAAAGAAAACAAGUUGCCUUAAAGUAAAAUCUUAACUCUCUUAACAUCCUUUUAUCAUUUAAAAAAUGAUGAAUGUGAAUGAAUUGCCCCCAACUAACAACAUAACUAACCACACACACACACCAUCUGAAACUCAGGACCUGAAGUGAAGAUAUCUGUUGUAAAUUCUCCUCAACUUACAUUUGCUUUUUAUGUUUCACUGUAUAACAGCCAUUGAUUUGUGUGCAAGGCUAAGAUAAGUUUUUUUGAAAGUAGGAUGUUCAGUGUUAGAUUGUGGUAGUAAUUCUGUAUCUUGGAAGGAAGACCUCCUUCAGACAUACACACUUGUACUUUUCAGAGUGAGAGGCCAAUAGUUUCUUAUUUUAAUAACAUGAAUUGUGAGAUAAAUUUGGUUGAGUGCUGAUUGAGUUAUUUGUAUAAUAUAACAAUACAGAUGAAUUUCAUUGGUAACCCAGCAACAAAUGUUUGACCAGGACCAGAUGCAAUAGUGCCUACCCUUGACACAGUUGUAGCCUAACAAAGGUUAUGAGAAAACUGACACAUUGGGUCCCAACUGUGCUGAAUUGCCUCAGUUAGAUGCGCUAAAAUAUGUGCCUAAAGGUUUGCUUUGCAAAAUAUCCAAAAACAACGAACAUGCAGCUUUAUACAAACGUAUUACUAGGCUUCUCCGAUGGAGAACAGCCAUAAAUGCAGCCACAGAGCAGCCUCUUUUAAAGCCUUCUAAAUGCUCUGACCAAGCCAGUGCUGUGCUGCUUCCAUCAAUCACCUGAGCUUAUUAACCUUUAACAUAAAUCUACUGGUGAAUCACUGGCAUUUAUCUCACCCAGUCAAUACAAAAUGCUUUACAUGAUAGUUUAUUUUUAUUAUCCUACUAGCAAUAGGGUGUUUGCAAUUCUUUUCAGUAUGUUGAACUAAUAUUUGGGCUCAUUUGGUUUGAGUGUGGAAGAGAAACUCGGGCAAUGACAAAAUGCCGUAUGUGACAGUAUGGUAUAGCUAUACGAAUACCAGAUUUGUUUCGUUAGUUUGCCUUCCCUUCUUUUGUACCAGCUUAUUGAAAUAAAUUUAUUUAAGUGAAAACUGUUUUGGGGUUACUUCUCACAUUUACCUGGAAUUUCAUACAUGUACUGUUUAACAUUUUCAGUAGUUGUUGGACAGCUAACAAUCUUUUUUUAUUUUGACCAUUAUACAUAGUGUAUAUAUAAUAAAAGGAUAAUGAGAAUAAACACUAACACAAGUGUGGGCUCCUCAGACAUUUUGUAGAGUAUAGAAGCAGCCAAACUGUAUAAGCUGUUCUACAGAGAUGAUGUUAUCACAAUUCACAGAACUUUUGUUCUUGUUUUUACCACAAAUUUGAAAUGUAACUUCCAAACAAGUGCAAUUCUACUCUUUUGCCAUAAAGUUUUUUUUGUUUUGCUUGAAUAAACAGAUUUAACUUAAAUCUUAAA